AGCAGCCCAGCUCCCCCAAUGGUAGUUUGCUAAUAUUCACCUAACAAGCACCAAGCAGCCUUGCAUUCGCCAUUGCAACCUUCUUACAUAGCCAUGAUGGGUCCAGAGCUUUGCUGAAUUCUCCUGUCUGUUUCUCCUCAACCAGAAGAUCAAAGCCAUGAGAUCAGGCUUGGCUUUUGCGCUUGGAGCUCUAGCAAUGGCGCUGCUCGUCGGGGAGCUGCAUUGCGCAGCACCAGCACCGCCGCCGAGAGCGCCACCACGGGCGCCGGAAACACAACACCCACCGCCGCCGCCACGACGGCGGCAGGGAUCAUCCCCACACCGCCGACCAUCGCCGCCGCGGUCACCGCCGAAGCAGCAGCAGGAUCCUCCUCUCCCACCGCCGCCACCACCAUCGCUGCCGCCGGCGGGGACAGUAGUGGUUCCAGCACCGCCGCAAGCACAAGACCCCGCACCGCCGGCGCCAGGCAGGGGAAGAAGGUCCAACAGCAACUACAGCAGCGGCUGCACCACGAUCCUGGUCUUGGGGGACUCCACCGUCGACCCCGGCAACAACAACCGCCUCCGGACCACGGCCAAGGCCAACUUCCCGCCGUACGGGGUCAACUUCUACGGCCGGAGACCCACCGGACGGUUUUCCAACGGCCGCCUGGCCACCGACAUGCUCGCGGAUCAGCUGGGUAUACAGAGGAUGAUCCCAGGCUUCCUUGAUCCAACGCUGAAGCUGGGGCAGCUCAGGAAAGGCGUGAGCUUUGCAUCGGCGGGGUCCGGAUUCGACGACGUUACCGCCAACACAUUAAGUGCGUUGCCGUUCCGGAGGCAGCUGUGGCACCUGUGGCGCUACAAGCUGCUGAUCAGGGCACUGCUCGGGCCACGGCGAGCCGAGCGGCUGGUCAACAGGGCGGCAUUGGUCAUAAGCGCCGGCACCAACGACCUGCUUCUCAACUACAUCGCGUCCAACCAGUCGGCGGCGGGCUCCAUCGGCAUGCUGCAUUACGAGAACUACCUCAUAGGAAGGCUCACCAACUAUACCCAGGUGCUGAGGAUUCUUGGAGGCAGAAGAUUCGUGUUCGUCGGGCUACCGCCAAUCGGAUGCCUACCGAUUGCGAGAACUCUGCUGGUGACGGGGCCGGAUGGAUGCGACGGGAACCUGAACCAGCUGGCGGCUUCCUUCAACUCCAGGCUGAUCCAGCUGUCCAAUUUCAUGAACUACCAGCCCAGGACAAGGACUGCCUACAUUGAUACCUACACGCUCGUCCAGGCGGCCACGGAGAACCCUCAGAGCUUCGGGUUUUCAGAGGUGUCAAAAGGUUGUUGCGGAUCAGGGAUGAUCGAAGUCGGUCAGACAUGUCGGGGGCGAAGGAUAUGCUCUGACCCUAGCAAGUAUCUAUACUGGGAUGCUGUUCAUCCGACGGAGAGAACAAACCAGCUUAUCACAGGUGUGAUGCUGGAUUCCAUUAGGCAGAUUUACAGUUAAGCUCAAAAGUAAACAGAAUAUGUAGCCUGGCCAGGGUGUCAUUUUCUUUUAGUUCCUUUCUUUGAACAUCAGUGUCGUGGAGCAAUCCAAGUACAGUUGAAUUGUACAACAAGAGGGAAGAUCAGAGCUUCGGCUCGAGACAAUGAUGUUUUCCAUAGAGGCCUUGACACACACAGAUUUUUCA